AUGAAUCUAUCGAGAGCCUUAAGCCUUGACAUUGAUAAGGACCACGAUGCCGGCUUGGAUUUGCUUCCCCUCGACGAUUUGCGCGGCCCUCUCAACGAAGAUGACAUUGCUUUCCUGGAGGCCUGGGUCGAUUUUACCGUCGAUUCAGACCAUCAAUACAAAGAGACUAAGCUGAGCUAUGAAGGGGACAUUGAAGUUCGGCCCGAGACACUGGUUUUAGCAACCCGGAAGUUCGCAUUGAUUCAGCGCCUCGCCCUUUUGAAGUCGGACGACCUGCCAUCUGGCCCUGAUUACAAGACAUAUGGCAAUGCGGUGUUUUCACCGCGGCCAUCCAAGAAAGCCCUCUUUUCCGAAACGCAUUUCUCCUUCAACCCGCUCUUUGGUGCGCCCUUCGAGGACGCGCACGACGUUAACUCGAAUGAGGAGGAUGACGAAGCGCCGCUGCUGCGGCGCCUGCACCAGGAGCACCUGUCGUAUGAGUACGAGGCGCUGAUGCGUGCCGACAUGCGCGACCUUGAGGCCCAUGGCCUCAUCCACUGGACCCCGGACGAACUCGUGGACGCGGCUCUAGCACGUGACUUCAACGACUUUAACGACGACGGUAACGGUAGUGACAUCCAUGAACCUCAUUCGCCGAUUACUCCGCGUUUCGAUGAUUGCAGCCCCCGCGGCGAUUGUAACAGCUGUAGAAGUGACAGCAACGGCGGCCCAGAUGGCAUCCCCAUCCAGCGGCGAAACCCGGCGCAUCCCCCCCGGACCAAGCCGCCCUCACCCCUCGCAGCAGUCGUCAGCUUGACGGCGCCGGAAUAUGAGGUGGCAGGGGAAGAGGUGGCGGAAGGGGGGGAGGUAUGUCCGUCGCCAGGCACACCUGCCGCCAGAUGCACUCCGCUGUCGUACCGCCGGGUCUCAACGCCACCAGGGAAUGCAGUAGCGGAGGUAGAGCGGCCAAUGGAGGACAACGGCGGGGGCCGCGCCGUCGCCGCCGCCGCCACCGCCACCGCCGCUGUAGCAGCUUCCGUUCCUGCUCCUGGAAACGACGACGGGAAUCCGACAAACAACGAUGUGGGCCUAGCAGCGGCGGCUGAGGAGGGUAGAGCCGCCGCUGCCGCCGCCGCCGCCGCCGCCGGUGCUGUCGUCGCGGCGGCGACAAAGGGCGAUUCAGACGAUGUUGCGGACGACGAUGCGGCAUGGCGACGUCUUCUCGAUGGGAUGCCCGAGCUGCCGUACGAGUACGAAGCCCUGAUGCGUGCCGACAUGCGCGAUUUGGAGGAAUUCAAUCUCAUUUACUGGACCCCGGACGAGCUGGUGGAGGCGGCGCUGACGCGGGACCUCUGCCAGCAGCCGCCAGCGGCAACCGACCCAUGGGUCACACGGGACAAUUGCAACCCAGAGAAGCCGUCCUGCUUAACCUCCACCGCCAUCGACGCUCAAAGAUGUCAUGAUGGUAUUGACGUCAAGAAACCUACACCAGAGAGCGGCGAGGGUGACUUCUGGUGGCUUGGCGACAGCGGGUGGUACGGCAGCGGCAGCGGCAGCGGCAGCGCAAUUAUGGCCAGAAGCUUCUGCUGUACGGCGCCCAAGACAAGCGAGUGGUCGUCCACCUUGGCGCUGCUUGGAGCACCAUGCCUGUCCGUGCCAACCGACUUUUGUAGUACACCAGUACGGCCGUCCACGCCGGAUGGGAACGUCACCGUCACGCCGCCACGGAGCUUCCCUCGUGCACCUCCGUCGUCGUCGGUGGCGGCGGAGGUGACGGUGGCGGCUGCAGCAGCAGCGGCGGCAGCGCGGACGGUGGCCUGGAUGAUGGCCAGCGGCACGCCUGCGAUCAAAGGCUCCGAAACCUAUUCGGCCGAUGGUCGCGGUAACGGCGCUAACGAGAGCGACCUUCCCGAUGGCGGCGGCGGCGGCGGCGGCGGCAGGGAGGUUGGAAAUAGCAGCGCAGACGGGGACGGUAGCAGGGUGAAGGUUCAGAAUGAUGGGUACGGCAAUGGCGGCAAGGUUGAUGUAGACGAGGAUGAUGCCGCAUGGCAUCGCUUUCUUGGGACGUUGGACGAGAUGCCGUACGAGUACGAAGCCCUGAUGCGCGCCGACAUGCGCGAUUUGGAGGAAUUUAAUCUCAUUUACUGGACCCCGGACGAGCUGGUGGAGGCGGCGCUGGCGCGGGAGUGCGCAGUCGUGUUUUAG